CAACACUGUUCAAUCGUAUUUUCAGAGCACAAACAGCAAGUUAUAAAUUUGUAGUCUGCGUAUGAAUCUGAUUUCGGAACAAAUUUUUAUCCAAAUACAAUAAUUGAGAAAAUCGAAAGUAGCCGUAGCUACAGCCAAAAAGGACUCUCUGGCAAAACGAUAUCGAUACAGAACGAUAUAUAUAGAACAAUGAUGGCCGGAUCUCGGGCUCAAAUCAAUAUAUACGUACCGACCAUUUGCCGUUUUCCAGAGCUAACUGUAAUCGGUGGCUGUAGGGAUCCGGUUCAGUUGAUGCUGCCGCGCUUGCCAGCUGUGCCCAGUGAGAAGUCGGCGCCAACGGCUCUGGCCGCGGUAACGGCUGCCAGUGCCAUGGAGGACGCUGUCGGCAUCGAGGGCAGCGGACAUUCUCUCUACGUUAUCGAUAGGCAGGGGCGGGUGCUGGAGCAUGUGCGUUACCAGGGCACCGAUUAUCGUGGCGCUCUACGUGCUGCCAUCAAUGCCACGCCCACUCAUUGGAAGGACUAAAAGCAACUUGUGAUUACUCUAAAUCAACACACACAAACAACUUCAUCGAAAUUUCACAGUGAAAUAUGCAGUUUUAGUCGGACAAAUCAAAAUGAACGAAGACUUAUAGUCAACGAUAAAUUUGAUCAAAAUUGUUAAAGUGAACACAUAAAAACAAA